AUGGCUCCCACGGGCCAAACAAGCAGCUCCAAGCGCAAGCGUAGUGCUCCCGCGGAAAAGAUCACGAAACGUCAACGUGCCACCUCCAGUGAGGAUGAGGAGGACCCGAAUGCCGAAAUCCUGCUUUUGGAGCAGGGAAUUCUCGAGUCUAAAAAGAACUAUAACAACAUUGCCGUUCUUCUUCGAAAGGCCGCAGACUUCACACCUGGCAACCCAGAGGCUAUGUUGUCGACUGUCGCACUUUGCCGCAUCUUCAUGAGACUCUUGGCCCAGGGCUCUCUUGUAUCCAAGAAAUCCUUCUCGGAAAAGGAACAAGUUGUCGUAGGAUGGCUGCGGGACCAGUUUGGUCAGUUCAAGAACGUCCUGCUGGAUCUGCUCGGUGAAGAUGAUGUCGCCAUUACCGCUCUCACCCUUUGCAUGCGAACUUUAAAGGCAGAAGGGGAGUUUCUCAGAGACGAGUCAGUCUAUGCGUUCCCUCGCGACUUUUUAGGGAAAGUUGUCAAGAACAUCAUCGCAAGUGAGAACGAUGAGGUCCGCAAGAUGUACAUCGAAGAAUUUGCGGAACAGUACGAUGAUAUUCGCUACUAUACGUUUGCUUCUGUGGCCUCCGGAAUCAAAGAUUUCGCGGACGACCAGCAUAAACUGAAAUCGAGGCUCUUCGAGAGCGCUUUUGCACUUCUCUCUGUACUGGACGGCGUGCCGAGCUCGGCAGAUGAGUUGGAGGACUUCUACGUUCACAAGCCGGAGAAGAAAUCGCAUUAUCUGCGCCAGCCCAACCAGCACAAAAAGCAAGGUCAGGAAGCUUGGCUUGCCCUCAUGAAUAUCGUUGAAACCAACGACCAGCGCAAGCGCUUGCUGGCGCUAAUUGCUGAUGUCAUCGCGCCCUGGUUUGCCACGCCUGAGAUGCUCUCCGACUUCCUGACAAGCUGCUACGAUGCGAGUGGAUCGAUCGCACUCCUCGCCUUGUCUGGUGUCUUUUUUCUCAUUCGAGAGCGCAACCUUGACUACCCUUCUUUCUACACCAAGCUAUACUCUCUCCUCAACAGCCAGAUUCUGCACUCAAAAUAUCGUGCGCGCUUCUUCCGACUUUUGGACACGUUUCUCGGCUCGACUCAUUUGCCCGUCGCUCUCGUCGCCAGCUUCUUGAAGCGACUUGCUCGCCUGUCGCUGAAUGCGCCUCCAAGUGCCGCGGCCUUUGUCGUUCCGUGGAUUUACAACAUGCUCAAGAAGCAUCCGUUGUGCACAUUCAUGCUUCAUAGGGAAACGAAAGAUGAAGAGGUAAAGAAGGAGCUCCGGGAGCACGGCAUGGAGGACCCUUUUCUGGCCGACGAAAGCGACCCAAUGAAGACCCAGGCUAUUGAGAGCAGUUUUUGGGAGCUUGUCCAACUACAGUCGCAUUAUCACCCCAACGUCGCCACUAUUGCAAAGAUUGUGGCGGAACAGUUCACCAAGCACUCGUACAACAUGGAAGAUUUCUUGGACCACUCUUAUGCAAGUUUAUUGGACGCUGAGAUGGACAAAGACGUGAAGAAGGCGCCCGUCGUCGAGUUUCACAUUCCAAAGAGAGUAUUCCUGCCGCAGGAUGACGCUGCAGGAACUCCCGACAGUCUUUUGGUGAAGCUCUGGGAUUUCCAAACCGUUGAGGCUUAG